AAUACUCAGUUGGGUUCUGCACAUUCUCUGUGCAGAGUUUGCUUUACAGCAGUAUUCACUCCUAGAGGAAACCUAGAAUAGUGGAGAAAAAUGGCAAAUUGCUGAUUCUUGGAGGUUUCUAAUCAAGAAAGCAUCUAGCUUUGUUUUUUUUUGCAGCACUGGAAUAGAAACAGAGAAAGCAGUGGUGUGUGGUGGAGAAAAAAUGUCUAGUAAGGUUAUGUACAGCCAAAGGGAAGAAGAUAAACAAGAGAUACAGAAGCAAUUAGGAUGUAUGAAUGGCAUUUUUCAGCUUUUCGAUCGGCGUUACCUACUUGGUAAACGCCGCCAGAAGCAUCUACCUCAAGGCCAAGGCCAAGGCCAAAUUGAGGAUGGCAAUAAGGAGUUCAAUAAUGCCUCAGAGAAACCUAAGAACCAGAAAACCGCAACUAAGGUGGUGAAAGAGAAACACAGAGUAUCUGUUGAAUCAUCGAGAAACUCGUUUUCUUCUUCUUGUUCAUCUUUAGAUUGUAGUAAAAGAGUUCAAACAGAACAAUCUUCGUUUUGCCCGAGCCUCGUCUCUGAACCAUCGUCUCCAACGUCAAGAAAACAACCAGAUUCAUCAGUACAGCCAGCUGAUAUCAGAGAUGUAGUUAAAGACUCGAUGACUAGAAAGCCUCGAGUGGUACCCGUUAAAACCGUGAAAAAAAACGAACGAAAGGGUCCCGCCAUGACACAUGUCGAUUCCCCGAGGCCUUUACAACAACAGCACUUGAAACCCGUUUCAUACGACAGAAAAGACCAGAAUCUUGCUAGGCUUCGGGAAAUUUCGAGGGGAGUUAAAGAAGUGAAGGAGAUUUCACGGUUUUCGUGUGACGGAAGGGAAUCACCGUAUAAAUUAAUAUCCAUUAAGGAGCUUCCGAGGCUAUCAUUAGAUAGCAAGCAAAGUUCUAUCAGGAAACGUGAAAAUGACGUGGACCAGACCCACGAGCCGGGAAGCAACAAGCGACCACCAUCAAGUGUCGUGGCUCGGUUGAUGGGUCUGGAGGUUUUACACGAUUUCAUCGAUCGAGAAGAUGACGAAAUGAUUUCACUUUUGAGAUCAAGAAAAAGUGAGGAAUUUAAACACAACAUUUCUGUUUCUUCACCUCAAAAGGGAAUUGUAAUUGGUAAAGCAGUUGCAAGAAUUCCACUAGAACCAGCUCCAUGGAAGCAGGAAGGUGGCCAGAAACAACCAGUCAAGAACAAGAAAGCUCAGAGGGUUGACCAUGGCUGCCAUUCUGUUUAUGGUGAGAUUGAGAAAAGGUUGACUGAAGUGGAGUUCAACACUUCAGGCAAAGAUCUAAGAGCCCUUAAGCAGAUUCUUGAAGCAAUACAAAGAACAAAGAUGAAGUUAGAGAACAAUAAAAUCCGAACCACCACCAUAAAGCCUGCUAAUCUAGCUUCAGAUUCCAUGGUGAUCACAAGUCUCCAAAGGGUCAAGAAAGUCAACCAUACGGGUGAUAGAACCAGCAGGCGAAGCACUAGAAACACGACUCCUAUCGAAACAAAAGCAACCGUUAGGACUAGAAAAUCUACGUCGCCUUCAAAAGCACCAGAAUACCCGGCUGCACAAAACUAUUGGAAUUCUAGAAAUUCAGGAACCGUGAGCCCGAGACUGCAGAGAUCAAAGAAUGGCAUCCACAAGCAAUCCAUUUGUGGGCAAUCAUCGAAUGGGCGGCUAACUGUAUCAGAGUCGAACACCAGAAACUCGAAGACAAGGUCCAUUAUCCGAUUGCAAACCGAUGAGCAAUGUGGGUACAGAAGUGACACAAGAGAUUUAACUCAACAAGGUGAUGCGGGUUCCUUUCCAUCGGAAAGUGAUACUAGUGUAACCUCACAGAAUGAGAUAGAAGUCACGAGCACGGACUGGACAGGGGAGAACAAUAGUGUUUAUCAGCCAAGGGGAAACCACAAGAAUAAAUAUGCAGAAAGGUUGAUUGAAUAUAAGCCAAUGGCGGAACUUGCGAUGCCCACCAUCGAACAACCAAGUCCUGUCUCAGUUCUUGAUGCAUUUUACUCAGAAGAUGCACCAUCUCCAAUACAGAAGAAAUCAUAUGCUUUUAAAGAUGAUGAGGAUUUACGCUUUGAUGAACCAGAAUGGAAUCAAGUCGGGAUUGAUAACUUCGUGAGCAGCACAGAACUAGAUCAAUCCUCUUCCGGGUUCAACCAUCUGAAAAUAGAAAACAUAAAGCACCUUGUUCAUCAAAUCAAAUUACUAAACUCCAACACUGAAGAAGAAGCAACUAUCGAUCACUCUGAGUUUUUCCCACAUGAUAUCAUCAUCAACCAAGACCACGAAUACAUCAAACAGAUUCUGUUAGCCUCGGGUUUUCUAAAAAAUCUUGACUGUGCCACCACAAUAGUCCACCUUCAUCCAACCAACGGCACCUUGAUCAACCCUGAGUUGUUCAACAUCUUGGAGAAAACCAAAGAAAUCACCAAGCUCACAGAAGAUGGAUACAACAAAAAGAACGCAUCCUCUGAGAAAAUCAGAAGGAAAAUGAUAUUUGAUACGGUUAACAAUAUUCUUGUCGAAAAGUUAGCCAGAUCAGCUUCUUCUGGGCUAUGGACAAGCAAAAGGAAAGCGGGAAUUCUGAAUGGCGAUAAGCUACUGAAAGAAGUGUGUUCAGAAAUAAAUAAUCUACAAACAGACACAGCCGGUGGCCUAUAUGAUGAAAUACUAAACAUCAUAUCUUCAGAUGUGAAUAAAAGGUCAGAAGAUUGGGACGAUAACUGUAACGAGGUUCCAGCUCUGGUGUUAGAUAUAGAACGUCUUAUUUUUAAAGACUUGAUUAGUGAAAUCGUGAAUGCUAAGGUAACCAGUCUGCAAGACGGGCCAGAAAGGCAUUGUAGGCAAUUAUUUCUCCUCUAGAAGUCGGGUAAUCCCUCUAUUUUCUUAUUCUUAUUGUUUCUG